AUGGCGCCCACAGUACACUCCGCCAAAUUGACACUCUCGUGUCCGCUCUUCGCUGCUGACUUUGACCCGCGCAACAACGGUCGACUCCUUGUCGGCGGUGGAGGCGGCGAGGGGCGUAGUGGAUCUCUGCUUGACACAUCGCGUCGUGACGAGAUUACUGAGGCCGUUGAAUUGAACCUAUCGCGCGAUGAAGACUCAGUAACUUCGCUGGCUGCGGCCCCGCUAGCUAGCGACGAGGCGGGCUCGCUUGUUGCUCUGGCUGGUAUCAAUAGCUCUGUGGAGCAACAGAAAAAGAACAACAAUCAACAUCUUCGCGCAUUCCGGUUUGAGGCGCCGUGGAAGACCACCGAAGACCGCAAGAAGGACGAGAAGGCGAAAAAGGACACCAAGUCUGAGGAAGAGGUUAUUCCCGGAAAGGCCAUAGCUCUAUCGCAAGCAUCACUCUUCCGAACGAAGAACGGGCCAGGCUCUUCAGAUACCUACCAGCGAGUGACGAGGCUCUCGCCGUGGCCGAAAGGGAAGGAUGGCACCGAGAAACACACACGGAUCGGAGCUGUUGCGACGGGUCUCGCACAAUCCGGUGAGAUUGUGUUCUUCCGCGCCACGGAGACUCCCAGCGAGAAGGAUAUAAUUGGCCGCAUCCAAUUAAGCAGCAAUGAAGAGGCCGAGGAUCUGGACUUUGUCAGCCUCGAACACGACUUGGAGAAGACCGACGAUGGACACGGCCGGUUCCUUGUGGCCUAUACGAACGGCACAGACGUCAUGGUUGGCGAGAUCUCGUGCUCUAGCUCCUCCAAUAGCUCCCCCGACGUUCGCUCCGUUUAUAAUAUUCCUCUGCCCGCCAGCGGAGCCCGCACAGCACGGCCCAAGUUCCGCGCGCUGCGGUUCCUCUCGCCCCGAACCCUGCUCCUCCUCCAGAAUGCCCCAAACCGCGGUGGUAGCGAGCUCGUGCUCCUUCAACUCCCCAGCGCCAAAUCAAGCAAGUCCAAAAUUCUACAACGUCGCAAGCUUCCUCGAACCGUGAAGAUCGGCCUAGGCCUCGACAUCUGCCAACUCGGGACGAACCCGCAAGGCCAACAACAGACUGUCAUCGCAGCCAGUGGCAGCGACAACUCCAUCCCUCUAUUCACCCUAGAAUACGGACCAAACCGCGGCUACAGCAACUUCCGCCCCUACACAACUCUCCGCGACGUGCACCCCUUCUCAAUGACAAAACUCACCUUCUCCACCUUCAUCGCGCCUCCGCACCCCAUAACCCCAGACGUCGGCCCGCAGAAUAUAAAGCUCGCCUCCGUCAGUAUGGGCAACACAGUCGUCGUGCACACAUUCCCACUAUCUCCCUUCCCAACCUCCUCCCGCACCCCACGCUACGUCCUCGUCACCCCGGGCCCCGCCGAAAUCUGGGAACUAGUCUACAGCAUCAUCGUCCUUCUAUUCUCCAUAUCCGCAAUCUGUGUGGCGAUGCUCGCCUUCGCCGAGAUCCGCGGCGGAACCCCGCCUGUUCUCGGCGCCACAGAGUGGCUCCCAGAGAGUAUCCGCGGAGCUAUCGCACGGGAAUACGUUAUACCUCCGCGGGAUAAGCUGACGUACUUCGAUACCUUGCUUGCGCCUCGUGGAAGCGGGGGUGAUACCGAUAUCCCCGUGGCGACAAUUGUCCCCACAGACUCGCAGAUCGAAUCCCUCCGCGAAAUCCUGGACCGCGUACAUCGUGCCGGCGCUGCACCAGCUGAUCUGGAAACUAUCGCGCCGCGAUCCCUCUCUGUCAUUGUACGGUGCGGUGCAGGGCAAAAUGCCGAACAGAGCGUGAUUGUCGAGACUGCUGUGUCUGCGUCGGGCGAGUCUGAGGAGGAGAAGCUGCAAGCCUGGAAGGAUCUUUCUGCGUCCGAGCAGAGUGUUUGGAAACAGAGGCUUGCGGAUGCGGGUCGUUGGACGGCUUCUGAAGGGGAGAGUGUUCUUCUUGGGGUUUUGUUCGGUGAGGCGUGUGGGGGAUUGGGGAGGGCUGUGAGGGAUGAGUUGCCUUGA